UAGCGACUUCCUGAGGUGUUGAUUCUUUCCAGGGCUUUCACUGUGUGCUGGGUACCUCGUAAAGCAUCAACGACCAGAUUAGUCUUGGGAGCAGUGCGUGCUGGUAAAGCUAAGCUUUUAACUUGCCGGGCGAUCCGAAGCGGUCUAUUUUCUUGAGACCCUCCUCUACCUGUUGCUUUAACUUCUUGAUAAUGUCGCGAUCUUGUAAGCUUGCAUCAAACCACUUGCCCAGGCAUUCUAUUAAACUCUUCACUAUGGAAGUAAUCUCUUCGUUCUGUACGUAGAGUUUGAACCUCUCUGCCGUCUGUGCUUUCUUUAUGACGAGAGAUCUGGAUUUUGCUGCUUUGAUCUUCAUUCUUCCCCAUUAAGCGACAUCCUUCAGGGCUGUCAACAUCCAUCUAGCUCUGACGUGUGUCGUUGUCGUCAAUGUGAGGUCAUCCAAGAAGCCUCUGCUAGAUGGGAGAUAGAUUCCUGACCUUUGGCCCACGUGUCUCUCGUUGGGCAGCAUUUAUCAGCAGUUUAAUGAAGAAGAGCACUACGGAAACUGUGCAGCCGCAAUUCGUCUCAUUGACUGACGACCCACAAGCCAAUAUGGAGCGGCUGGCGGAGAAUGAGGAGGUGUGUGUGCCAAGAAUUUGGUUCUCCUGCGUCCUCAGUAAAUGCAAGGACAAAGGAGCUGCCUUCACGUUUAAGAAGUUGAAAGAGCCAGAACGGCUUGUUGACAGGAAGGCUGUAGAGAUGGCGACCUCCUACAAAAGUAUGAGGGCCAUCCAAAGUAAGAUUUUACUAAAUUAAGACAAUGAAAAUUAGUUUGUACUGGUAAUACUAUUGUUGAUUAAUUAUUCAUCCCAGAAUAUUCAUUCAUUCAUAUUCAUAGCUUACCGAAUUACACAUUCGUUAACUUAUCGAGUCAGUUUAAUAAUAUGGUAACAGCUGUUACAUUUCACAGAACUUCAAAUGGUUUUAUUCUGAAUAGACAAUGUGUGGACCGAAUUACACUCUAACCGAGUUACCGAGUCGGAUAUGUAUCUGUGUCAUACUUACAUCCCACCUGUCAAUUCGAAAGUUUUAAUUGACCAAGAUUUCGAUUUUUUUUAUGAAAUUGAGAAAGGGCUUGAGAAAAAUGGGCAGCUCGGAAAAACAUGCAUAACGGGUGACCUCAAUUCCCGAACAGGUAAUUUAUCAGAUAUACUAGAGUAUGAUAAGUACCUUGACUGUUUUGAUGAAUUAUAUACAGAAAAUGCAAAUAAACAAUUCCCAGAUAUACGCAACAAUCCGGACAAGGUAAUUGACUGUAACGGUAAAAGGCUAAUUAAUCUAUGCCGGGCUACUAAUCAUACUAUCGUUAAUGGUCGUCUCAACAAAGAGCAGGAAAAUCAAUUUACUUUCGUCUCGAAUGGAGGCUUGAGUAUAACAGAUUAUCUUAUUAUAAAUGCAAACUAUGUUGAUAAUAUUAACGAAUUUCAAAUACUCAAUUGGCAAAGAUUUUCCGAUCACGCAGGUGUUUACUUUUCUUUAAAAUGUUACACCAAAACUAGACAUAUUACGA